GCGUCGCCUCCCUCGACGGAUCGAAGCGCCUCUGCCACAUCCGCGGCAAGAUGCACAAGAAGGUCUGGACCGCUGCCGGGGACAUCAUCCUCGCCGGCCUCCGAGACUACCAGGACGACAAGGCGAACAUCAUCUUCAAGUAUAUGCCUGACGAGGCCCGUCUCCUUAAGGCCUACGGUGAGCUCCCUGAGAACAUCCGCCUCAACGAGGGCAUCAGAGGGCUCAACGAGGAGGACGAGGGCGGUGCCGAUGACUACAUCGAGUUCGAGGAUGAAGAUAUCGACAAGAUCUAAGGUAGUAGGAUUUUCGGAAGAUGAUGAUUCAGAGGAGAUCAAAAGGUCUUGGAUGGGGAAAGGAAGAAGGAUUUUCAGAAGAUGGAGAAGGUUCACGGUCGGCUGGUCAAUAUUCUCGAGGGGCUCGGGCUCCACGCCGGAGUUUUUAGCCCCGCCGAGCAGAAACAGAUUGUGGAUUGCAUCUAUGCCUUCCAGAAGAAAGGUCGGAACAGUGAGCUCAGAGAACGAACGUAUUCGGAGCCGAGGAAAUGGAUGCACGGUCAAGUUCGGAUAAUAAUUCAGUUCGGUUGCUGCUACAAUUAUGCAGUGGACAAAGCAUCGCAACCCUCCAGGCAUAAUUCGCGACGAACAAGUCGAUCCCAUUCCCCCUUUGCUGAAAUUUAUAAUCAAAAGAAUGGUAGCAUGGCGAGUCCUUCCCACCACAUGCAUUCCCAACAGCUGCAUCGUGAACAUUUAUGACAAAGAUGAUUGCAUUCCUCCGCAUAUCGACCACCAUGAUUUCUUGCGGCCCUUCUGCACGGUUUCCUUUCUGUCGGAGUGCAAUAUUCUGUUUGGGACAGUGCUGAAGGUGCUCGGCCCAGGAGAAUUUUCCGGCUCCACUGCUAUACCUCUGCCUGUUGGCUCUGUGCUUAUUCUGAACGGAAAUGGAGCUGAAAUCGCUAAGCACUGUGUGCCCGCUGUGCCUUCAAGUAUAACCCCAACCAAUUCAAUCUGGAUGACUUCCCUCCUCUUGGCUUUGGUUCGGCUGGCCACUCGAAGAAAACGAUCCGUUCACUUAGACAGUGAAAGUGAAUUCCGUCUGUUUAAGUAACAUUGUCAUGGAUGUCUCAGAGGAACUCAAGUCCUGUUCAGCAAUGAACAAUUUUCUUUUUGGACUUGAUUGAGCUUCAAAGCUCCUCUUUUCUUGUGUUAUGUAUUUGUAGAUUUAUCUGAUUGAUUGGAUAAGGUUUUUUGCAUUGUAUAAGCUAUAAAAAAUAUUGACAAUAACACUGCAUCUUGCCAUUGAUGGCGAUUUUGUUUUGUAA